AUGCCCGGUGAAGCCAGUGGGCAUGCUCCCCUAGAUUUCAACAAACUUCUGAUUGGAUUUGGAACAGCAAAGUUGCAUGUGGGGCCAUGGCAUCCCCCUGUAGCUGAUUAUCUGGCACCGAUUAUAUACCUUCUGUUUGUUUUUCCAGGCUGCAGACUCUUGGCUGUGGAACUGACAUCCAGCAACACCAAGCCCGUGGUGCAGGAAUUCCAGAGUGUUGAGCUGUCCUGCAUCAUUAAAUCCACCGUAACACCAGAUCCCAGAAUCGAGUGGAAGAAAAUCCGAGAUGGCGAAACCUCUUACGUAUUUUUUGACAAUAAAAUGCAGGGAGACUUUGUGACUCGUGCAGAAAUUCUGAGCCGGACAUCGCUGGUGAUUAAAAACACCACCCGGAUGGACACUGCCACGUACCGCUGCGAAGUGGCAGCACCUUCUGAUACUAAAACCAUAGAUGAGAUUAAUAUCCAGCUUACAGUCCAAGUGAAACCUAUGACUCCUAGAUGCACUGUGCCUAAAGCCGUACCUGUUGGCAAGACAGCCUCUCUUCACUGCCACGAGAAUGAAGGUUACCCAAAGUCCACUUACAGCUGGUACCGCAACAGUGAACCUUUAUCACCAGACACAAAAUCAAAUGCCAAAUUCCAGAAUUCCUCCUACACCUUGAACCCCACCACAGGCACUCUGGUUUUCCAUGCCGUGCACAAAGGCGACACAGGCCGUUACUCCUGCAUAGCAACAAACGAUGCUGGCUUUGCCAAGUGUGAGGAGCAGGAGAUGGAAGUCUAUGACCUCAAUAUUGGUGGGAUAAUUGGUGGAGUCCUGGUGGUCCUAGCAGUUUUGGUGCUCAUCACUCUUGGUAUCUGCUGCGCCUACAGAAGGGGUUACUUUGCAAAUAGCAAAGAGAGUGGGGAAAGCUACAAGACUCCAGCAAAACCUGAUGGUGUUAACUAUAUCCGGACAGAUGAUGAGGGUGACUUCAGACACAAGUCUUCAUUUGUCAUAUAAGACACCAAAAGAAUAUUGCAAACCAGCAAAAGCAAGUGUGAAAAUACCUCCUCCAGGAACUCAAAGCGAGAGCAAAAGAUGAAUUAAGUGCGCUUGGAAGAGUUUGGAACACACAAGAACUUGAUAGCUAGCUAUCUGUAUAUCUUUUUUUUCUUUGCCAAAGUUUAAAGUAACUUCUCACUGCCCAACUUGCAUCUCUCCUGCCUCUGGAGAUACCAACAGGAUCACCUAAACCUGUCCUUGGACUAAGGAAGCGUUUUAAUACUUCCCAAGAGACUGGGCUGUGGAAGUUUGUGGAAUUGCCUUCUAUUUGUGCGGCAGGGACACAGCCACAAUGUGCAAACCAACCAGGGGAACAGCGUUAGGUAAACGUGUAGUAGACAUCACUAGUACAAAUUACUAGUAGACAAAAAAGGUGCUGAUACGGCCAUAGACGGACUUCAAAGAAUAAGAUUUAUCCAUGCAAGGGGGAGUCUUCCUCUCAGCAGCUUGUUGCCCAGGCCCGGCUGGUGACUU